CCAGCAGCCUGCAACAUGGCGGAGUCGUCGGCCCCGGAGAGCAAGCACAAAUCGUCGGCCAACUCGUCGGCGCCGGCCACCAGCCGGGCCGGCGGCGCCCAGGUCCCCGGGCCGGCGGCGGCGGGACUUUCGGGGGGCCUGUCGCAGCCGGCCGGGUGGCAGUCGCUCCUCUCCUUCACCGUCCUCUUCCUGGCCUGGCUGGCCGGCUUCAGCUCCCGCCUCUUCGCCGUCAUCCGCUUCGAGAGCAUCAUCCACGAGUUCGACCCUUGGUUUAAUUAUAGAUCAACACAUCAUCUCGCAUCCCAUGGGUUCUAUGAAUUUUUAAAUUGGUUUGAUGAAAGAGCAUGGUAUCCGCUAGGAAGAAUAGUAGGUGGGACUGUCUACCCAGGGUUGAUGGUGACAGCAGGACUUAUACAUUGGAUUUUAAAUAUGCUGAAUAUAACAGUCCACAUACGAGAUGUAUGUGUGUUCCUAGCACCAGUUUUUAGCGGCCUUACAUCUAUUUCUACUUUCCUGCUCACCAGAGAACUGUGGAACCAAGGAGCAGGGCUUUUAGCUGCCUGUUUUAUUGCUAUCGUCCCAGGUUACAUAUCUCGAUCAGUAGCGGGGUCUUUUGACAACGAAGGCAUAGCUAUUUUUGCACUGCAGUUCACAUACUAUUUGUGGGUAAAAUCUGUGAAAACUGGGUCUGUCUUUUGGACAAUAUGCUGCUGCCUAUCCUACUUUUAUAUGGUUUCUGCAUGGGGUGGUUAUGUGUUCAUCAUCAAUCUCAUUCCACUGCAUGUGUUUGUGCUGUUACUGAUGCAGAGGUACAGCAGGAGGGUCUACAUAGCCUAUAGCACUUUCUACAUUGUGGGCUUAAUAUUAUCCAUGCAAAUACCUUUUGUGGGAUUCCAGCCAAUCAGAACAAGUGAGCACAUGGCAGCUGCAGGUGUCUUCGCACUGCUGCAGGCUUAUGCCUUCCUGCAGUAUCUGAGGGACCGACUAACAAAGCAGGAGUUCCAGACCCUCUUCUUUUUGGGGGUAUCCCUAGCUGCCGGGUUUGUGUUCCUUAGCGUCAUCUAUUUGACUUACACAGGUUAUAUUGCACCAUGGAGUGGCAGAUUUUAUUCACUUUGGGACACUGGAUAUGCGAAAAUACACAUCCCAAUCAUUGCUUCGGUGUCUGAGCAUCAGCCUACAACUUGGGUGUCCUUCUUCUUUGAUCUCCAUAUCCUUGUGUGCACCUUUCCAGCAGGCCUAUGGUUCUGUAUCAAAAACAUCAAUGAUGAAAGAGUAUUUGUUGCUCUCUAUGCAAUCAGUGCGGUAUAUUUUGCUGGUGUGAUGGUUCGUCUGAUGUUGACUUUGACCCCAGUGGUCUGUAUGCUGUCCGCAAUUGCUUUCUCUAAUGUUUUUGAACAUUAUCUGGGGGAUGAUAUGAAGAGGGAAAACCCACCCGUAGAAGACAGCAGUGAUGAGGAUGACAAAAGAAGUUCAGGAAGCUUGUACGAUAAGGCAGGUAAAGUGAGGAAACAUGUAUCUGAACAAGAAAAACCUGAAGAAGGAUUGGGUCCCAAUAUCAAAAGCAUUGUCACCAUGUUAAUGCUUAUGCUGUUGAUGAUGUUUGCAGUCCACUGUACCUGGGUGACAAGCAAUGCCUAUUCCAGUCCAAGUGUAGUGUUGGCCUCUUACAAUCAUGAUGGGACUAGGAAUAUACUGGAUGAUUUCAGAGAAGCAUACUAUUGGCUAAGGCAAAACACAGACGAACAUGCCCGGGUGAUGUCUUGGUGGGACUACGGGUAUCAGAUAGCAGGAAUGGCUAAUCGGACGACGUUGGUUGAUAACAAUACUUGGAAUAAUAGUCACAUAGCACUGGUGGGGAAAGCCAUGUCUUCUAAUGAAUCAGCCGCUUAUGAGAUCAUGAGGAGUCUGGAUGUAGAUUAUGUUUUAAUUAUUUUUGGAGGGGUGAUUGGCUAUUCCGGUGACGACAUCAACAAAUUCCUCUGGAUGGUGAGAAUAGCUGAGGGGGAACAUCCAAAAGAUAUCCGGGAGAGUGACUACUUCACUCCUCAGGGAGAGUUCCGUGUGGAUAAGGCAGGCUCCCCGACUUUGCUGAACUGCCUCAUGUAUAAAAUGUCCUAUUACCGAUUUGGAGAAAUGCAGCUGGAUUUUCGGACCCCUCCGGGCUUUGACCGUACUCGCAAUGCUGAGAUCGGCAACAAGGACAUUAAGUUCAAACAUUUGGAGGAAGCCUUUACGUCGGAGCAUUGGCUCGUUAGAAUAUACAAAGUGAAACAGCUCGACAACAGGGAGACACUAACCCAUAAACCCAGAGUAACCAACAUUUUUCCGAAACAGAAGUAUUUGUCAAAGAAGACGGCCAAAAGGAAGCGUGGCUACAUAAAGAAUAAACUAAUUUUAAAGAAAGGCAAGAGACCAAACAGGAAGACUGUUUAAACACACUGUUCUGAUUGCUAAUACGAAGCAGUUGUCCUCGAGAUAACCAGUCUUUGCCUUUAGCUCAAGUCAUGUUUCACAGCAACAUGAGGGUACAGAACCAUCAUUGGUCCAGAUUAAUGUACAAAAUUUUCAGGCAAUGUCUGAUUAAGAAAAAAAUAUAUUGGCUUAUUGAGAACAGCUGUUUUAGAUUUGUAAUGUGAAGCAAGACAGCACUGCUGUGAGUGGCUAGCAGCAGAUUUGUUUUUAUUGGUACAUAUUAUCCUUCAAACCUUAGAAUUUGGACUGACUGCACCAAAGAGCCCUCCAAUUCGGUCCCCAGCACGUGCAUACUUGUCCAACUUUUAUUUUUACGAGACCGACAUUUCACGCGAGAUACCCGAAAUAGCAAUAUGUACAAUGGAAAUUACAAAAUGUAAGAACUUUUUCAACCAUUGAAACAACUCUAGAUUGGAAAGGCCUAUCAAAAAUGGAGUGAACUCCCUUGAACUCUAUUUAUUUCCAUGAUGUCUCCUAAUGCAAAGAAUGUUUCAUCAAAUGUAUUUUCUGUUGCUGUUAGUUUUUUGCCCUGGCUAGCAAGUUGCUGCUGUUUCAGAAAAGUGCAGGCUCAGACUGUAAUUGGAAAAGGCAACUCACAUGGUUCAAGUCCCUUUAACGUUGCUGUUACAAGCAGCCGUAUUCAUGAAGCAAAUCUUGCACAUUGUUCAUACAAGGGCUAAAUUUGUUUCCUCUGGAAAUCAGUGACGGUACCAAGUGCUGCUUAAAACUCCAUGGAGUCUGGUGUUUCAAAACUACAGUUCAAGUUGAUGUACCUGUUUACAUGAAAAAAUUAAUUUGGGAGUAAAAACUUGCCCAAAAAGUUGACGGGUGUCCCAUGUUCCUUUGCUGUAGCUCUUACAAAUGGGAGAGGGUUUGUAAACUCCAGCCUGCAUAUUUUUUUUCAUUUUCUGAAAAUGGGUUCCAUUUUGAAAGGUUUCAUCAGUUUUCUUCUCAGUUUCAUUUAGGUUGCUUGAAUGUUUGAUGAAACAUUUUUUGCUUUAGUGCUAUUUGCUUUGUUAUUUUUUAUUAUUGUGACAAUUCUGUCAGAUUAAAUGCACUAAACUCUAAUAGAGGCUGAACAAGUUCAUGUUCAAGCUCUAGGCAGUUUUUUGGUUUUUUUAAGGAGUGAGCGUCUUCAGUUCAUGUGGUAAAGGGAAAGGUUUGGGCCCAGAUGGAUUUCCUGCCACAGGAGGAAUAUUUUUUUUUAAUACAAGUAUAACUUACGCCCCUCAAUGGUGGUGUAAAACAUGGAAUAGUAUGUACCUUUUAUGAAGAAAAAUGUAAUUUACAAUGUUCAGUGAGAAUGUUACUGCUGAUUUUCUUUCCCAAGGUGUAGAAUAUUUUUUUUUGAUUUUUAAAACUCAUUUUUUGACCCUGAUGGUUCUUUUACAGACCAAUUCAAUGGCUGUAACAUUUUCACAAAUAAAAAUGAAACUAGAUCUGGAUUUGACACCCUUGUCCUUUUGGAAUUUCAUUUUACUUUGUUGCUUUAAAGCUCAGUGCAGACAAGUUGUUGACUGUAGGGGAAAUAAAGUUAAUUCAAGUUUUGUGUUAA